UCGGAGAAUCGAUACUUUUAGGAUUCGCAUCGCAGACUCUACCCGAGCGUUCUAGUUGUUGUUCGGUGAACAAGCGUCGUACAGUGCCAGCAACCUCUCGGGUGAAUAUAGAGCAUACAGAACGAGAUGAAUCGUGUUGCAGUGUGGUUGGUGUGUCUGGCUUUGGUGGUGAGUGCGAUGGCCAGACGAGGAGGCGGUGGAUUUAAAGGGGGUUUCAGCUUCGGGAAGGGCAGUAGCACGGGCAGUAAAGGGACCAGCACGGGAAACAGAGGAGGCAGUAAAACCAGAGGGUCCUCGACUGGAGGAACACACUCCCAACCAGCCAAUUAUCCUCGCCAGCCUCAAGUACCUAACCAAAACCCUCCACCAUAUCCUGGCACUGGUGGAGGACAUGCAGGCUCUUUUCCAGGCAGAGGGGGCACUGGAGGCAAUCCAGGCCAGGGGGGCUAUCCAGGUCAAGGACGCUAUCCAGGUCAAGGGUCAUAUCCAGGUCAAGGGUCAUAUCCAGGUCAAGGAUCAUACCCAGGGGCUGGGUCAUAUCCCAACAGUUACCCAGGAAGGGGUGGAGCGUUCCCUUAUCCUCAAGGUGGGUCUUACCCUGGGUACCCAGUCCGAGGAGCAUCCUAUCCUGGUUCUAAUCCCAACCAGUAUGGUGGUGCAGGAGGAUAUCCUGGAGCAGCACAAUACCCCUACUGGAACCCCAACAAUAAAAUCAUCAGCCCUCGUUAUGGUGGUAACUAUGGAUAUCGUGGUUAUGGAUCAUAUGGAGCAGGAGGUUCUCCUUUCGCCCAGUCUGUGCACAAUAUGGGCAUGGGGCCCUCUCUCCAAUCAAAAGGGUUUGGUAAGCAGGCGCUGAUGGCUGCAGGAGUUGGAGCUAUGGCUGGCAUGGCAGUAGGUUAUGGCCUGGGCAGUUUUCCACGCCCACACUUCUCGUUUCACAACCCACAAGAAGAAUAUUAUUAUAACCACUACAUGUCCCGGCGCUAUGGUACCAGACCUGACAGUAACAAAGACCCCAACUCUCCAGGUACAGGGCCAGGUGACUCUGGAUCAAGUUCAACAAACAUCUUUCAAAAUCUUCCACCGAACUCACAUGACAAGUACAUGGACAGUUGUAUGAAGAGGACAGAUUUGUUGCGAGACUUAGAGGGCAGAAAUAAGAGAGCUGCUGAAGACUCAUGGCCACAGGAGGUAGAGGAUAGUGAAAAGAGUCUGAACGAAGAUGAUCUAAAUGAGCCCCUGGGUGGGAAACCAGUUGGGGAAGCAGAGUCUCAAGGAUCAGACCUCAUUACAGGAAAUGAAAACACUGGGGAAGGAAAUAAAACUAGCAAUGCCACGGAUAACCCUCUGCCAUUUGCUGAAAAGCUUACUGGUGGUACAGAGCCACCCACUGAACCUCAGGAGAAGAUGAAUGAGGAAGAAGAAAAAGAUGAUGAUGAUGAUGAUGCUACUGUAAGCAUAUUGGAAAUCGGCUAUCCUACACUGAUCGAACAGCUGAAAUUUCGACGCUGUCUUGAGCUGUACGUGGUUUACGCUGAGCAUCACGCUGAGAAACAGGUUCUAGUGGGCAUUGAUGAUAGUGCUGGUGAACAGCUCAUGCCACUUGGGCUCAUAGUCAUCUCUCUGCUUAUGAACUCCCUGUUAUUCUACUGAACCUACUGAGCUUUUCUGAGACCAUGUACACCUGCUUUAGUCAUGGUAAGGCAUAUCAAGUGAGUUACAAGAGAGGGAAAAAAACAUCCAGACAGUGAGUUGAGAAUAUAAUGAUGAUCUGGUGAUAUACAGCCUUAGUCUUGGCUAAUUCUAAAAAGCAAGGAAUGCAUAUUUCAGAAUAUUUCAGAAUAAUUAAUGAUUUCUGCCUCAAACAUUACUGUUGUUAUAAAUUAUAUUGACUCAGAAAAACCCAGAGGACAUUAGCUGUUAAUGGCUGUUGCUGAAGCUAAACCAGGAUUGCAUUCGUCUACAUGGGUCACGCAAUCAGUGACUCUCAUGAUUGUCGUUACACUGAGUGAAAUUUGUCUUAUCAUGAUCUCACUGCAUGAGUGUAUAUAAUACUGCACCCCUCAGUCCUCAAGAGGUUGCAUCAUUUCUGCAAACAAAGAUAAACAUCACCUUUUAUUUAUUUCCUGCUGAUUUAUAGGCAUCACAUGCACAACCUGGACACAUGCUGCUUAUUUAAUCUUUUCAUAUCUUUAGGUCAGUGACUUUACUGCUUGUGGUACUAUAGAAAUUACACUAGGCCUCGUUUAUCAAUUCUACACGUGCUCCUGAGUGUGUGUGUGUAAAUUUACACAAGUCUAACUAAUAUUAGACUAACGUCACAUUUCCAUGGAUUGCUGCACGCGUAUGUCGGGAUUACGUCAAGUUUAAAUAGCUUCGUUUUAUUGCAUAUCACAUGAUCAUGCAGUGAACAAACGACACCGCUGAUAAAGAUUACGGUCAUGACGGAGGAUAUUUAAAUGUAAUGUUUAUUUAUUUUGGGAGGCUAAGUAUUGGCUUAUAAAUUGGUCCCGCUUUUAACGCUGUGCAACUAGAGAUGAAACGCUUACCGGUUUCACGAUAAAAUUCCCCGACAGUUAGUAUUACCGUGUUGCAUUUUAAUUAUAAUUAAAACCGUGCGCGAUUAUCGUGAUUUGUAAAAUUCAUGGUAAAUGCUGUCCACACACACCCAGCAUGAGUCUGACGCAAAUCCGAAGUGUGGUCAUAUUUUGGGUUUUAUAAAAUUGCUGAAUUGCUGUUUCAUUUUUAUUCUUAAUGAAAAACAACAACAACAACAAAACAGUCCAAUGACAAACUCGCUUAUGUUAAACCAAAUGUUCCACCAGGAAGAGUGAGGCAAGCGGACUGACAGCAAGUGAGGCAAGCUGACUGACAGGAAGAGUGAGGCAAGCUGACUGACAAGACAAUGGUGGAACAUUUGGUUUAAUAUAAGCAAGUUUGAACAAGUAAAUGAAAUCUGACUCCUGCUGAUCUGUGACUCAUUCGGCUCAUGCUGAAUUGAGCAGACGUGUUCAGUUUUAAUUGUAGUGUCCGUUCUGUAACUGAACGAAAUGAUUUUUAUUACUAUAAAAAAGCAAAACGACAGUGGGGGCGGUGCCGCGGUGGGCGAGUGACGUAAUCGGUGUGCGUGUAACACCAGGAACAACGACUACCACAGCAAGCUUAGUGAUAACCAUGCAUCACUUUAUAGUCAAUCAUAAAACCUGUUAAAUGAUUUCAGUGUGUCUAUCAGUACUUUUUGUACAUUUUCAGCACAUUUUAACAAUACCAUGAUAGUUUUGGUCACGAUAAUCAUGAUAUGAAAUUUUCAUACCGUUACAUCUCUAUGUGCAAUCUUCCAGCACUUCGGCUGAGACACGUAUAACAAUUUAAACCGAGCAGUUUCCCUGUGUGAUGAGCUGGUGUGCAUGAUUACUUGGAUACAGUGUACAGUUUUUUUUCCCCCUCUGUUUUCAUUUGACACCAUUUUCUUGUCAUCUCACUUAAUUCAGACCUAAUUGACCUUUUCUAUUAUGGCAAUGUUUUUUUCAUUGGUAUAGAAGUGAGGCAAAAUGGCUUCCAAUUCUACCUUUCUGCCUUUUCGUAACCGAACCAUUUUGUGAUUUCAUAGUUUUGUGGGCAUCAUGACAAUGAUCUUUGCACUCUGUGCUCAACAUGUGUAUGGGACAAGGAAAAAAACUCAACUUUUCAGAAACUUUUGUAAAUCUUGUGGAACAUUUACACACAACUCUUUACUAAAAGAUUUAUAAAUGAGGCCCAGUGUCUUUUAUGUAGUGGAUUUGUGUUUAGUGGAUUUACUGUUUACUUUGUAAAUAGCUCAGUGAUGGCAUCUAUGACUAACGAGUAAAGUAGUCUGAAGACGAUAGAAAUGAUAACAUUUUAAAGAUUCAGUAGGCUAUAUGAAUGUACAUUUAGUUCGCUGUACUGUUUUGAAGGUUUUUUAAAAUAAAAUCUCCAGACUGAGAAAUUAUUUUUGAAGUGUUUAGUUUUAGAUGUGCUUUUAAUAUGUGACUUUAUUUAUGCUUUGUAGUAAGACUUGAGUUGACUUUUUUUUUUUUGGUCACAUUUAAAUUUAAUCAUUAUAGUUUAGACACAAACACUAAAUACUCCCUAUAAGUGAACCUCUGAAAUCAUUUGCACUACAGUAUUUACAGUUCAACUUAAAUACGUACAUAACCCACCAUGUGUGCUUGGUAAAUGGUUUUGUGAAGGGCACGAUGAUUGCAUUUUGCUUUUUGAUGCAUUGUAACAGAUACUGGAAAUGUGGCUGUUUUUUAUCUAUUUCUGAAGACUGCACUAACAUACAAAUUAUUGUACCCUGUACUCAUGGUUUUGUAAUACUUUUAACACAUAAUUGUCAAUAUUUCUCUAUCCAUGCUUAAUCUCAAAUUAAACGCUGUGUUUCACCGUC